GCCGGCCAGCAGCACACACACCACACAGCGCCAUGGCCUCCUCGCUCAGUAGCGAAUGCAGUCCUGGAGACCUGAUUGAGAUUUUCCGUCCUGGCUUCCAGCACUGGGCGCUCUAUGUGGGAGAUGGCUACGUGGUCCACCUGGCUCCUCCAGGUGGGUACCCGGGUGCGGGCAUCUCCAGCCUGGGCUCCGUUCUUGGCAAGACAGCGGAGGUGAAAAGGGAGCUGCUGACCGACGUGGUGGGGAACUGCAAAUACCGGGUCAACAACUUGUUGGAGGAGGAGAUGAAACCUCUGCCCGUGAGGGAGAUUCUCAGUUCUGCCGAGAGCAUGAUUGGCAAGAAGAUGGAAUACGGUAUUACCAGCAAAAAUUGUGAGCACUUUGUCACACAACUGAGAUAUGGCGAGCCCAGAUGCCUGCAGGUUGAAAAGGCCGUGAUGGGAGCAGGGCUGGCUGGAGCCUUAGGUGCAAUUGCUACUCUUGCAUAUUCUGUAAUGAAGAACUGAUCCCCAAACCAGUGACAGCCUGAAGAAGCCACAGAAUCCUGCCUUUGACUCCGCUGUGCAGCCGACCGGCCCCACCUCCGCUUUUUCCCUGACCCUGGCUCUCGGGCAGUGCCCAGUUCUGUCCCUCACUUUCCCUCUCACUGACUGAAGGAUGGAAGAAUUGUUCCAAGACCCAGAAUGAAUAAAUGUAUCUGUCUUUCCCUUCACAAAGGAA